CGAACAGCGCUGGGUGGACAUUUAAAAAGAAAAAAGAAGGAAAUAGUGUUGGAGAAGCACUUCCGGAUAACUUCCGUGUUAUCGCAUUUGAAACUUCUAUAUUUUGAAACGGCUUCUGUAAAAAAAUAAGUUAGCAACACAUCUUGGCAAUAUUACCGCAAGCUUCCGUUUAUUUAAGGAGAGAUGACGAGGAGACACGAAUAGCUUGGCUUACGUAUUCCAACUCAGACUAGCUCACCUGGCUCUUAUUGCUACCUGCUGAUCCGGUUUACCAACAUGGUUAGAGAUGGAGAGGCUAAUAACCAAGCUCUCAGAAAAGCAUGUCCUAUUCGCGGCCUCCUUCCUCAUACGGCUGGCUUUGGUCGCUUAUGGGGACUACCAGGAUAAAACCAUGGUUGUGAAGUACACGGAUAUUGACUACCAUGUGUUCACAGAUGCUGCAAGGUUCAUUACUCAGGGUGAGUCUCCAUACAACAGGUCCACAUACCGCUACACUCCUCUUCUGGCCUGGCUCUUGACACCCAACAUCCACCUCAGCCCGGCGUUUGGCAAGAUCCUCUUCAUUGUGUGUGAUGUGCUGUCGGGGCUGCUCAUCUACAGAAUCCUCUGCCUGCGAGGUCUCGGCUCCGAGACUGCACGCCGCGUCUCUUCUCUGUGGCUUCUCAACCCUCUGCCGAUGGGAGUAUCCAGCCGAGGGAAUGCAGAGUCAAUCCUUUCAGCCCUGGUGCUGGGAACAUUACUCUGCAUGGAAGGCCGGCGUCUGAUGUGUGCAGCAGCACUCUAUGGCUUGUCGGUUCAUAUGAAGAUCUACCCUAUUACAUACGCUCUACCCAUUGCUCUGAGUCUGCGCACGAUACCGACUAGGGCGGAGAAAGACAAGGAGAGUCGGAUGUGGAAGAAGUUCAUCGUUUUUAUUGGAAGUUUCAUCAACCGAGAGCUGCUCCUCUUUGCGACUGUGGCUGGAGGAGUUUUCUGUACGCUCACAGGACUCUUCUAUCACAUGUGAGAUGAGCACAAAAAAAUGACAAACUGAACUGAAAAACACAGAGAUGUCAGCUUCCACUAUCUGUUUCUUGAACGAGGGGUUAUAUGAGCUACUCAUUUUUAGUUCCUGACAGAAGAUGGUGGCAUUGAACAAACAAUGAACUGCUGGGGCUGUGGGGUCGACAGCAAGAUUAUUUUAGUAGUAGUAAUUAAUUAGUAUUUUAGCCACAUAAACAAAAGUCACCUUCAAAAAAAAGAAGAUAUCAGAUCAAGUACGUGCUGCGUUGUGUUUACAUACCAUACUUACACGUACCCACCCACACACCCAACUCAGAGGGAGUGGCUUAGAUACACGCAUUAGGCAGAAAUAUUAAGAAACUGUACAAAACGUAUUACAGUCCAAUAUCAGCGGGUCUGGGGCCUAACACCAACCCACUGUGAUCAGCCUGUGAUCAGCCUUCUCUGCAAGAGUGCAGAAAAGGCUACACUGACACAUCACUAUAUAUACUGUAUACACAACAUAUUUACAACUAACACAAUAGACACAAGAAUGAAAGACAAAACGCUAACUGUAGCUUGUCACCAUCAAGUGUUAUAUCAAGGUGCAUUCAUCUACUUGGUUUUUAUUCAAGAGAGACAUAAUUUGUCUGGAUCCUACAAGAACAGGGUUUAGGUUACAGGAAAGCAGCAUAUCAGAAACAGCUUUAUUGGCCAAGUAUGUGUUCACAGCACAUACAAGGAAUUUGACUCCCGUCACUUUGCUCACUGGUACAAAAACACAGAAUUUAAAUAAG